GUUAAAGGGUUUAAACGAUGUGUAUCGGACUAUUUGUUUAAUGAUAACCAAAGUAGUUAAUCAAUAAGUUGAGACAUGAGGUAUUCCAUAUUAUUUGUACACCUUUUUAAACAUGUGCAAACUUGCUGUAUUUUUUAUUGGUUUAGUGAAACUCAAUACCCACAGGACAGACUUGCAUAGUUACUUGCUUGUAACAAAAUAAGCUACAAUUUGGAGGUUAUCUGUGUAUGUAUUUGCUUAAAAUAUGACAUAAGUAAUACAGAUUUUUUGUAGUUUGACAGUUUAUUUGUGUUACUGGAAUGUAUUAAAUAUUUAAUUAAAAGUUUAAUUUAGGUCUGACAUGAUUCUUUAACCAAAACACAAAAUAUUCAAGAUGGCGACUUUUUCUCAGUUAACUGUGGAUAAAGGCUCUGAUUCAGUUAUAGACUUUUGUUGUUCACCAUGUCUAGAGCACAAAACUGUUCAGUGGGCGGAGUUUUACUGUGAUAACUGUCUUAAAUUUUAUUGUGCAAAAUGUAUUAACCUGCAUGGUCAAUUGUUUGGGAAACAUGUAACAUAUGGACGAGGAGAAACAAGUAAGUGGCCAGUGUCCAAGGAAGUGGAGGAUGUCAUUCGGAAAUGUGAUCUUCAUGAAGACAAACUUCUAGAAAUGUUUUGUGAUAAACACAGUCAGUUGUGCUGCACUAAUUGUGUUCGACGUAAUCACAGAAAAUGUGCUAAAGUAACAUUGAUGUCUGAGUCAGUGAAAGGACCUCCACCAGACUUGCAGCAACUAUCAAGAAGGAUUAAAACAAUUCUUGUAGAACUCCAGACACUUCAAAUCAAAUUGGACACAAACAUGAAGUCUUUGGAUGCUUCAUACAACAAACAAGUACUUGAAAUAUGUGAAACACGCCAGAAAAUAAAUGCAAUUUUAGACAAUAUGGAAAAGGCUACCAUUAAAGAUCUAGAUGAUAAGAUGAAAAUUCUGAAAGCUGCUCUCAAAACAGAUAGCGACAAGUGCAGCAAGCUUAAACAUGAACUGACAUGUCUCAGUGAUGCAAUACAUGACAUUAUCAAUAAAAGCGAAUUUGAACUAAUAUUAAUUGCAAGUAAUAAAUGCAUGGAAAGAAUAAAGCAGUCCCAAACUUUGAAGGAAAACUCGGUUCAGGUAGACAGUUCACUGACAUUCCAGGCUGACAGAGAUCUUCAAGAAUACUUGUCUAAAUUGUCAAGUCUUGGGAAUGUAAGCUACCCAGGCCAGGUAUUCGCUGUGCAAGGGCUUUCAAUGUAUAAUAUGAGCAUACAAAGUGAUCGGGGGAUCUGUGGUAUUGCUGGAAUCUGUGCUCUCUCUAGUGAUCAGAUCCUUGUUGCAAAUAAUGAACGAGUAAAGCUUCUAGAUCAUGAAUACCAGGUGGUGGGUCACUGUGAUUUAUCUGCUUAUGCCAAGGACAUGUGUGUUAUCACACCAAGUGAAGUAGCUGUUGCUGUAAAUAAUUAUCAGAAUAAGGAUAAGACAGGUGGGGUCCAGUUUGUCUUUGUGAAUGAUGGACAGUUGAUUAAGGGCAAGAUUUUACUGUUUCAACAUUCAUGUAAUGGUAUUGCUCACUCUCACAAAGACCUGUAUGUCACUUCUGGCACUGCACUUUACAAGUAUUCAAUGAGUGGAUACCCCUUGAAAAAGCUGUAUGAGGAUACAUCAGGUGAUAGAACAGUACAUAAGUGUGCAGUGAGUCCUUCAGGUGACAAGAUAUUUAUCACCAACCCUUCCCAGGACAAGGUCCUCACCCUGGCCAGAGAUGGCUCAGUUCUCCACACCCUCACAGACCCAGACCUACGAGCCCUACAAGGUAUACACGCCACAGAUCUGGGACUGGUUCUGGUUUGUGGAAAAAAUAUCAUACAGCUUGAUGGUGAAGGCAGGAAGAAGUUGGCAACUCUCAUUACGACCGGGGCAGAAUAUGAUAGGGUUAAUCCACUAUUAGUCUUCUACAAUAAGAGCACAGCCACCAUAAUAGUGGGGCUUUCAAGUUGCGAUAUCCUUGUUUUACCAGUAAAGUAGAAUUGUUUUUCAAGUUUCAGUUCACACAUUUUGGAACAUGUAAUUUCAUCAUGAAGUUUAAGCAACAUCAAACUCAUGUUCAAAUUAACAUCCUUCGACUGGAUGAUUUAUUGUGUUGCCAAGUUUUGUCAAUCAUGAAAAUUAUUUGUUGAAAAUUAUAAAAAGAAAUUGGCAGUAUGGACCUCUUAUGAAGUGUUGGGUUUAAUUGCAUAAAUCUCUGUGGAUGAUACAUUUUAUUGCCACACUGUUUAUAAACAUGCUAUCAUCGGUUGCAUGGAAUCAGCUGUAUUGCUUUGCUAUUUACUAUUUAUUUAAAUUAUGUUUAACAAGAAAUAUCUUUUUAAAAAAUAUACGGCGUUGAUUGUGGUUGGAGUUUAUGAAAGGUAAAGAGUUCAAUGAAUGAGAUCAAGGUUAGCGAAUGUCUUUUUCUGUGCAGUUCUUAGCUGCAUCACAGGCAGUACAGGAUGUUACACGGAGUUUUUGCGGCUUAUUUUACAUUAUUACAAAUUGCUGGUCAUAAACCUAUAGAUACAAAACAGAAAACCAAAAGAAUAAUGGAAGUGAAAUUAAAACAUAUGAGUCAACCGGCCACACGCGAAAUAUCUGUACAUAUUUUUAAUAUUUAUACGCGCGUUCUUCGAACUAACCUUUUUUAGUGGUUUGUCAUGCAUUGCUAUUUGAUUCGAUUAUUAUCAGUAUCGAGAAUCAUUGCGCUCAUGCUUAAUACAUUAGUCAAUAUGGUGGAAUAAUUUUUGUAUUGUGCUGUUUUGUACUGUUUGGGCAAUUGGUCACUUGCCUUAAAUAAAGGACCAACUGAUUGUUUAUGAUAAUAAUUCAAUACUGCGCCAGCAGCUGGAGUUUCACUUCUUUAUAUUGUUAAAUUAAUUGAAAAUAAUAUUUAUUAUGGUAUUUUUGAAAACACAUUAAGAAUCUAUUAUUGACAUACCAUGAUUAUAUCGCUGGAUAUCUUUAUUUAACAUCUUUCUGGUCUAAAGAAAAUUCCAGUUCACCUAGUUCACGCUAUAGCGUCUUUAUUAUAUAACGCAGCGAUGACCUGUAUAUAAACUCUGACAUUCACACACACUAACCGCGAACUGACGAAGGUGUAGAAUCUACGCACAAAUUGUAUUGAUGUGAAGAGUUGAGUGUAAAACUGUUCUAUCUAUCAUGCCUUUUCAUAAGAGAUCAAAUUGUUUCAUGCUGAACAUUCAGUAGAACAGUGUUAGACUGUAGAACAAGAUGCGGCCAUGUUUCCAAUGUUCUGGUGGUAUUCUCAAAUCAGUCAAUGGACUGAAUGAAGUGUAUUCAUUCGUGGGUAGCCGCGGGCAUUUUUAUGAAUGUAACCUAAAGGUCACCUAAGGUCAAAAGUGACGUUAAACAGCUACGCUGAAAAAGUUAUAGUACUAGUUUCUGUUUAAUUUGAAUUUUUGCCGUUUUAAAAAGUAUUUCAAUUAUACACACCGGUCUCUUUAGCAACUCUUCCUGGGUGAGCUAGUUAACCAGUAAUAAGUGUACAUACUUAUGCAAGCAAAUGGACAACAGCCCUUUUUGAAACAGGUUGUUGACGGACAAGAGACUUGCCAUCAAAAUGAUUUCAAGAGUGCACUACAGUGGACGGAGUGAUACAAAUUGCGCUCCUUGAGUGUGUACUACAGCGCUCUACCGACUGAGCGGCCUGGCUUUUAUUAUUUCAUAGAUUAAGAUCAUGAUUACAAAAAUAAACUCAUGAUAAUGUAUUUUUUUUUUUCUGGAUUCACAAUUGAAUAAAAAAAAUAUCUGAAUUCCAUAUGUUAAAGAUUUAAUCUGGUGAGUGCACUAGGUCAAAAAAAUUUGUUUACUUUUCAAUGUAGAGUCUUCAAGUAUGACUCAAUCUAGAUGAAACUUGGUCAGAAUUCGUAUCCGAACGAUAUGCAGGCCAAGCUUGAAUCUGGUCGUGUGCGUCCAAGACUAGGUAACCAGGAGGUACAAACUUAGAAAAAUGUGUUAUUAUUCUAGAAGCGAUAUUUAUGCCUCAAUUGUGAUCAAACUUUGUAAGAGAUUUUAUCUCGACAAUAUUGAGGACUUGAGGUGGAAUGGGAUUUUUGGUCACAUGCAUAGUGAAAAGAGGUCACCUAAACUAAUCAUGGGCCACAUUAAUGACUCAAUCUUGACGAAACUUGGUCAAAGUGUAAUCUUUGCAUUAUCUAGGCUGCGUUCAAAUCUUGAUCCAAAAACUAGAGCACCUGACCAAAUAUUUGAAAAACAUUGUUUCUACUAUAGAGGCCACAUUUAUUUCUCAAUCUUAAUAAAACUUUUUCAGAAUAUGUUUUUUCGUGUCUUCGGGUCAAGUUUGAA